AUGUCGCCGACGGCCGAACUGCUUUUCCACACCGUCGUCCCCACGCCGUCUUCUCCACACCGUCGUCUCCAGACUCUCCACGCUGUCUUCUCCAUGCCGUCGUCUCCUCCGCGUCGUCGUCUCCACUCUCCAUCGCUCAAUAUUGUGGGAAGAAUAGGAAGUAGAACUGAUAUAGGAUGGCAGCAUGGAGUCGAUGUGGAGAACAACUCAAAAAAGCAUCACUUGGCCGGCACUCAUAGAGAUGUGGAGCCUUGUUUAACUGUUCCUGAUGAUGUGAAGAACAAAAUGCAGUCAAUUGUGGAUAAACUUGCUAAAGUUGCUGACAAAAGAAAGAGAAAAAGUUAUGGGAUUGAUGAUUCGGAUGAUGAAGAUCCUUUACCAAAGGCAACAGACAAGGGGAAAAUGAAAAUGGAUACAUUUUCUAGAAGUAAAAAAGGCAGUAAUUUUGGUAGCACUCAAGCUACCAUUAACCAAAUGAUGAAGAAGGAAUUGCGAGAUGAAGCUUGUCAAGAGAUUGCUCGGUUCAUAUAUGGAUGUGCUAUUCCUUUUAAUUGUGUCAAGCAUCCUUCAUUUCAAAAAAUGUUUGAGCUUGUUGGGAGAUAUGGAUGUGGAUUCAAGGCUCCCACGUAUCAUGAAGUGAGAGAGACGUUGUUGAAGAAGGAAGUGAAUCAAACUAAGGAGUUGCUUGAGGUGUACAAAGCUGAAUGGAAAAAAAUAGGAUGUUCAGUCAUGUCUGAUGGAUGGACAGAUAAAAAAAGGCGUUCAAUAUGCAAUUUCUUGGUAAAUAGUCCAAGGGGAACUGUGUUUUUGAAAUCUAUUGAUACAUCCAAUGUCUCAAAAACAACAAAAAAGGUUUUUGAGAUGUUAGAUGAGAUCAUAGAUGAAGUUGGUGGAGAAAAUGUGGUUCAAGUAAUCACUGAUAAUGCUGCAAACUACAAAGCUGCUGGUGAGAUGUUGAUGGAAAAAAGGAAAAAUCUCUAUUGGACUCCUUGUGUAGCUCAUUGCAUUGACUUGAUUCUUGAAGAUUUUGAGAAGAAAUUGGAAGUUCACAAAGAAACUAUUACCAAAGCAAGGAGGGUUGCUACUUACAUUUAUUCAAGGACUUUACUCAUUUCCAUGUUGAGACAUUUUACAAAGAGUAGAGAUUUGAUUCGACCAGCCACUACACGAUUUGCAACUGCUUACUUAACUUUGAGUUGUUUCAAAGAAUUGAAGGUCUUUCUAAUGACAAUGUUCUCAUCCCAAUCAUGGAAGACAAGUAGAUUUGCUAAAACAAAUGAAGGAAAGUGUGUUGAGCAAACUAUCUCGGAUAGUAAGUUUUGGCAUAAUGUGGUUGUAUGUCUAAAGGCUGCUAUUCCUUUAAUUAAAGUGCUUCGAUUGGUUGACUCAGAAGAGAAACCAGCUAUGGGUUUCAUUUACAAUGCAAUGGAUAGUGCCAAAGAACAAAUACAAGCCAAUUUUAAUAAUGUGAAGAGAAAGUUUCAGUCAAUAUUGAAUAUCAUAGAUGAAAGAUGGGAACUUCAGCUACAUAGGUCAUUACAUGCUGCUGCUUAUUUUCUUAAUCCACAAUACCAAUAUAGCCCAGAUUUUAAAGUAAGUAUGGAGUUGAAACUUAAUCUCUAUCAGUGCUUGGAUAGGUUGGUUACUUCUCAAUGUGAUAGAGAUAAGAUAGAUAUUCAAAUUGAGGACUUCAAAAGUACAAAAGGGUUAUUUGGUAUUAAUGCUGCGAUAGUAGCAAGGGACAAAAAAACACCUGCAGCAUGGUGGGAUUCUUAUGGUGAUGGGUGCCCUGAAUUACAGAAGUUUGCCAUUCGAGUUCUUAGUUUGACUUGUAGCUCAUCUGGAUGUGAACGUAAUUGGAGUGCAUUUGAGAUGGUUCAUACAAAGAAAAGAAACCGAUUGCAGCAAAAGAAGAUGAAUGACUUGGUUUUUGUUAUGUCCAAUAUGAAGAUGAUCAACAGGAAGUCAAAGAAAGAAGAGUUAUUUACCAUUGAUGACCUCUCAUCAGAUGAUGAAUGGAUAACUGAGGAAAAUGAUCACAUAGAUAGAGAUGAUUUGGAUCAAAUCAAUGAAGUUGAUGGUCAUGAUGUAGAGCCAAUCCAUCUAGUUGAUGAAGAAGGGAGUGGAAAUGUUGCAGGUGCUAACGAUAUUUCUAGUAUUGUUCAUCAUGCUAAUGAUGGUAGUGAUGGUGACAAUGAUAGCGACGAAAGUGAUGAUUUGCACUUGUCUAUGGAUGAUUUAUAUUAA